AUGGAAAUAAAAGGGGAAGUGGCAAAGUGGAAAGCAAACGCAGAAGCAAAAGCGCACGCAAAGCUGCUGCAGCAAGCGCAGCAGCAGCAGCAGCAUUGCAGCAGCAGCACUCCAGCAGCAGCAACACUGCAGCAGCAGCAGCAUUGCGACAGCACCAGCAGCAGCAUUGCAGCAGCAUUGCAGCAGCAUUGCGACAGCAUUGCAGCAGCACUGCCACAGCACUGCAGCAGCAGCAGCAGCACUGCAGCAGCAGCACUGCAGCACUGCAGCAGCAGCACUGCAGCAGCAGCAGCAGCACUGCAGCAGCAGCACUGCAGCAGCAGCACUGCAGCAGCAGAAGCAGCAGCAGCAGCACUGCAGCAGCAGCACUGCAGCAGCAGCACUGCAGCAGCAGCACUGCAGCAGCAGCACUGCAGCAGCAGCACUGCAGCAGCAGCAGCAGCACUGCAACAGCAGCACUGCAGCAGCAGCACUGCAGCAGCAGCAGCAGCACUGCAGCAGCAGCAGCAGCACUGCAGCAGCAGCAGCAGCGCACCGCUUUCGGAGUGGUCGAGGAUGAGGAGCUUUGGCCUUUGGAGGGGAAAAGCCCUUUCGAAGACGAGAGCAACUUUGAGAGAAGUUUUUGCUUUUUCGUUUUUCAAAGAAAUUAAAAUUCGCCGCAAACGACUUUCGUAG